AUGUCACCGGAACGAGCCGCGACGGAGACAUCCCCGUUGCUGCGGUCUCACAGUAACACCCAAACCACAGGGGCAAUUCCCGACGUUGGCCAGCGGGAUGUCGAGUCUGGCAGCCAACAACAAAUUCCCACCGGGGAGGACGGCGCAGAGGGGAUUUUCUUGUCCGCAGCCGACCAGACCAUUAUCAUGGCCAGUUACGGCCAGAUCGGUAGCGACUUGAAGGCACUCAAUUUGACCAACUGGAUUGCUACUUCAUACUUUUUGACGUUGACAUCAUUUCAACCCCUCUAUGGAAAAUUGAGUGACAUCUUUGGCCGGAAGACCUGCCUUUUAUCUGCCUAUGCUAUUUUCGGCAUUGGCUGCUUGGGCUGCGGCAUCGCCCAAAAUAUCAACCAGCUCAUUGCUGCACGAGUCUUCCAAGGUAUCGGAGGCGGCGGCAUGACGACAGUAGUCAGCAUUCUUCUGAGCGAUAUCAUCCCGCUUCGAGAACGGGGAGUCUGGCAAGGUAUCAUCAACAUGAUCUAUGCGACAGGCGCCGGAGUUGGAGCACCGCUUGGUGGCAUCUUGGCUGAUUACAUCGGCUGGCGAUGGGCCUUCAUCGCCCAGGGGCCUCUCUGUGCCCUUGCUUUUAUUGCUGUCACAAUAAUGCUCGACUUGCCCGCAAUCGAGGACAGCCACUGGAGGGACAAACUGGGCCGCAUCGAUUUCCCUGGAGCGGUCGUUCUUGUGGGCGCAGUGUUCGGUUUUCUUCUAGGUCUGGACCGAGGCAGCAAUGUAUCCUGGACGAUCCCCAUCACGAUUAUCUCCCUGAGCGUGUCCGUUGCCCUCUUCGUGCUCUUUGUGGUGGUGGAGUGCUACUAUGCAACCGAGCCGUUCGCCCCCGGCCACAUCAUUUUCAACCGGACCUUCUUCGCCGCCUAUGGAUGCAACUUCUUCAGCUUUGGAGGCUGGAUGGCGGCUCUCUUCUAUAUCCCGCUAUACUUCCAGGCAGUCGACGGCGUCUCGGCCACCAUCGCGGGCCUGCGGCUGCUGCCCAGCAUCGUCUCCGGAGUCACCGGCUCUCUCUUCGCCGGAUUCGUCAUGAAGUGGACGGGCAAAUUCUACUGGCUCACAGUGUUCGCCUACGCCUCGCUCACUGUAGGCCUGGUGAUCAUUACCCUCGCCUCCGGCGGGGUAUUUGAAAACACGACGGUCAUGGUUCUGGGCACGGUAUUCAGUGCCUUCGGUAACGGCACGGGCGUCACCUCGACCCUCAUCAGCCUGAUCUCGAACGCCACCCCAGAAGACCAAGCCGUCGUAACCGCCUGCUCGUACCUCUUCCGGUCCCUAGGCUCAGUCAUCGGCCUCUCGCUCUCCUCAACCGUCGUCCAGCAGGUCCUCCGCGAUCGGCUACAGUGGGGCCUGCGCGACAGCGAAGACAUCGAUCACAUCGUGGACGGCGUGCGCCAGAGCCUGGAUUUCAUCAAGACCCUUGACCCCGCGGUCGCCAGGAUCGUCCGCAGCUGCUAUGGCUGGGCUACUAACAAGAGCUUUACCUUCGUGAUCGGCAUCGUGUUCUGCUCGUUUGUUUGCAGUCUGUUCAUCCACGAGAAGAGGCUUAGUCGCUGAGUUCCUUCGACGUAAGAUCUGUCUGAGGCCUCGAUACAUUCAAUGAUCCUUAUGCGAUACGCAGCG